AUGGCUUCCAGAUCAGAGGAGGAUCUCUGCUGUCCCCUGUGCUCAGACAUUUUUAAAGACCCAGUCCGUCUGUCCUGCAGCCACAGCUUCUGCAAAGACUGUCUGCAGGGGUUUUGGGCAGAGAGUCCAAAACACGAGUGUCCGGUCUGUAAGAGAAGGUCUUCAAAAGAUUUCCUUCCUUUGGAUUUUGCACUGAAGAGCCAGUGCGAGGCCUUCCUACAGGAGAGAGCGUCAGAGCCGCUCUGCAGCCUGCACUCUAAAAAACUCUGCUUCCUCUGUCUGGAUGAUGGACAGCUGGUGUGUGCUGACUGCAUGGAUGCAGAAACCCACAGAAACCAAAAGUUCACACCCGUCCACGAAGCUGCGAGAGACCGCAAGAAAGAACUGAGAGAUUCCUUGAAGCCCUUGCAGAUGAAGCUGACGCUGGUUCAUCGCGUUAAGGGAAACUGCGAUCAAACAGCAGAGCACAUUAAAGUGCAGACGGAGAGCACCAUGAGGAGGAUAAAGGAGGAGUUCAAGAGGCUUCACCAGUUUCUAGACGAGGAAGAGGAAGCACGCAUGGUGGCGCUGAGAGAGGAGGAGGAGAGGAAGAGUCAAGUGAUGAAGGAGAAGAUUGAUUCUCUGAGCAGAGACAUCACAGCUCUUUCGGACACAAUCAGAUCCACAGAGAAGGAGCUGAGAGCCGAGGACGUUCAGUUCCUGCAGAACUACGAGGCCGCGGUGGAACGAGUCCAGCAGCAACAUCUGCCACAGCUGGUUCCCGGGGCUCUGAUAGACGUGGCCAAACAUCUGGGCAACCUGAACUUCGACGUGUGGAGGAAGAUGAAGGAGAUGGUCUCCUGGAGUCCCGUGAUUCUGGAUCCAAACAGCGCUCACCCGAGCCUCGUGGUGUCUGAUGAUCUGACCGGUGUGAGGUGCGGCGAGACAGAGCAGCAGCCGCCGCCGCCGCCGGACAACCCGGAGAGGAUCGACCACUUCAUCUCCGUCGUGGGCUCCGAGGGCUUCAACUCGGGCUCUCACAUCUGGGAGGUGGAGGUCGGGAGCAACGAGGCCUUCGUGCUCGGCGUGUUAACGGAGUCGAGCGAGAGGAAAGGGAUCAUCUGGCCCGGGUUGUGGAAACUGAUGUUCUGCGGCGGGGAAUACAAAGCACUCUCGCCAUCAGACACGGGAACCGAUGUGGAAGUUGCGAUGAACCCGAGGAGGAUCCGGGUGCACCUGGACUGGGACGGAGGGCGACUGUCGUUUUCUGAUCCCGACACCGACACACACAUGUACACCUUCACACACACUUUCGCUGACAGGCUGUUUCCGUACAUUAGCACCUGGAGCAAAGUCCCGCUAAAGAUUGUAGCAAAGCAGCCACUGAUUUCUUUAAACGUGCAAUAA